GCCGAGCUGGUUUCCUGCAGGUUCCUGCGCUCGGACCACCUCAGAGCCCUUGUUUGUGAAGCCCUUGAGAGUGUUUAGAGAACGGCUUUGGGUCGACAUUCCAGAUGAAAGCGGAGGUCUCCAUAGUAACGCGGCAAGAAAAAUAAAAGUGUGCGGAGAGUUUGGCAGAGCCGGCGAAUAACACUUGCCCUUUCUCGCGGAUUCCCGCAGACAGGAGACGUUUAUGUAUUGCGGCACAUGGGUACGUGUUGGGAGAAGUGACGAGAUGGAGGGCGACAGUCUGAGCUGCGUCAAAUACCUCAUGUUCAUCUUCAACUUCUUCAUAUUUCUUGGUGGAUCCUUUCUGCUUGGACUUGGACUCUGGGUGAUCGUUGACCCCACUGGUUUCCGGGAGAUAAUUGCUGCCAAUCCUUUGAUGUUUAUGGGUGCCUAUCUCCUCCUUGCUAUGGGUGCCAUGCUUUUCCUGCUUGGCUUUUUGGGCUGCUGUGGAGCAAUCCGUGAAAACAAGUGCCUUCUGCUAUUUUUUUUCAUGUUUAUUUUGGUCAUAUUCCUCGCCGAGCUCUCAGCUGCUAUUUUGGCCUUCCUCUUUCGAGAGAAUCUGACCAGGGACUUUUUUACCAGGGACCUAAAACGACACCAAGGCAAUAACAGCACAAAUGUUUUUACAUCAACUUGGAAUUCUGUAAUGAUUACAUUCGACUGCUGUGGCGUGAAUGGACCAGAGGAUUUCGGUGGUGCUUUGCAAUACACAAUGAAUGGUGUACCUGAGGCCUGCUGCGGAAAAAAAAUUCUACAAAAAGCUGCAGAGAUCAUUGGCCAGGAAGAAUGCAUGAUGGGAAAAGAAAUUAACAGACAGGGGUGUUACUCAACAAUACUGAACUCCUUGGAACCGUAUGUGUACAUUGCCGGAGUAGCCAUCGGCGUGUUAGCUGUUGAGCUUUUUUGCAUGAUAUUUGCCAUGUGCCUGUUUAGGGCAUAGACUAGACAGACCACCGCUCAGGAAGACUUGUGUGCCAAAUUUUGAGGGUCUCCUAAAUCCCCGGAAAAUCAUCUUGUUUUCAAAGCCUCCACUGCAAGAGGGUCUUGCACUACCCCUGGGGUCCUCAAAAGCAAAAAAAAGUGUUACUGUGAACACAAUUUUCUGACAAGGGACCCCCUUGCUGUACCAGCGUAUUAACUCUAUCAAGACUCCCCUUCCUGCUUCGGGGGGGAACUGCACUGGAAAUGAAUAACCUUGCAAGUAUCUGCAGGAAUAUACAUCGAUUAGCAGCCUGUGUCCAACAUGUAUAUAAGAGACUGGUUGAGAACACGGAUGAGAUGUUCUGUGCCCCUUGCGGCCGCUUUGUUGCAGGUGACAUGAAGCGGCAGCUGUGACUGCAGGGUAGUAAAAGGCACUGUACUGUUCAUGUAGAAGUUUAUGAUUCUGUCCUGGUCUUAUAAACUCUCUUGGCAUAGAUUUCCUUUAAGAGUGAAUGAUUACAUUGUAGCACAAAUGCUAAAAUAUUAUUUAAAGAUACUUGGUUUGGCUUUGGAUCAAAGGAGAUCCCAUUUAAAAGGGGGGGAAAAAAAAUCCCUUUAAUUAGGACAACGUCCAGUGAAAAAGGAGGUAAGGCGUGUAAGUGCACCCCAUUACCUGACCUUCCAAAGUGCCAGAAAAAGUGAGCCCUUACUGAAAACUGACCCCAGCUCUUUACUUUUAGGGGUAAGUGCGGCAUGUACCCCUCUCAGCUCUGCUAUGG